UUGUCUGGCGACUCGCCGUACUUCAGCUCUCCCGGAGUUGGCCUUACCGCCGCCGUGCCCACCGGUUGCAACGUCACCCGAGCGACCUACCUCAUCCGGCACUCGGACAUCUACGCCAACGAUUGGGAAUACGAGAACACGCUGUCGCCGUUCAUCGAGAAGCUUGGCAACUUCACAGACCGGGAUGUCUUCACAAGAGAUUCGGCACUCGCCUUCCUUGCGAACUGGACGAGCCCGUAUACGGAUCCUGAUGAGCAGAUUGAGAAGGUGACAGACCUCGGAAAGGCAGAUGCCGCAGCGUUGGGAGCACUGAUCGCCCAAAGACACGAAAGCAUCCUCAGUGUGAAUGGGAGCGGCCAGUUCAAAGUGUGGACAGCGGACGCUUCCAGAGAUCAAGCGAAAGGUUUCAAUACGACGUUCUCUGAUGUCUCCCUGAUCGUUGUCGAAGAAGGAGAAGAACAAGCCGCGAAUACCCUCACUCCACAUGAGUCCUGUGAAGAUUAUGACUCGGACGCCGGCUCUACUGAGCAGGACAGGUUCAUCGCGAUCUAUACACCUCCCAUCGCCUCUCGCCUGAACCAGCUCACGCCUUCGUUUAACUGGACAAACGAUGACGUAUACGCAGCUCAGAGUCUGUGCGGGUACGACACCGUCAUCAGAAACCAGACCAGUGGAUUCUGUAAAAUAUUUGGCGAGGACGAGUGGUUGGCGUUUGAGUACGCGAACGACCUGAUGUAUCACCGCUCGCUCGGUUACGGAAACGAAUUCGCCCCGGUGCUGGGCAUGCCCUGGAUUUCGGCUUCGGCCCGUCUGCUCUCUGGAACGGCUAACACGACCCAAACGAACGCGAACUCGAGUGCUGAUACACAGAACCUUUGGAUCAGCUUCACACAUCGCGAAGAGCCUCCGUUCAUCGUAACCGCCCUUGGCCUCUUCAAUACCUCAAACGCGUCGAUGCCGACCAACCGCAUCAACUACGAGCGCGCAUGGAAGACGUCAGAGAUAUUGCCGUUCCUGGCGAAUGUAGCAUUGGAGCGCAUGGAGUGCGACGCGACUGCCGUCGGGCACAACACGAGCGGAACUUACAUUAGGACGUUGGUAAACUCGGCCACUAUCCCGCUUCCUGACUGUGCAAGCGGGCCAGACGGUUCCUGCCCGCUAGCGGACUUCCAGUCCUUCAUCGCCGCGCGUGAAUCGCUGUACGGCGACUUCUCUACCGCGUGCGGCCUGAAUUCAACUAAUGCAACGAACACCUUGGGGAUAUACGAGGGAUUCCUCCCCGACGGCGGCGCCGCGGUGCAAGUGACCACCAUAUUGCUCAAUGGGACGGACGGCAACGGCGUUGGCGCGAAGAAGAAGGGAGGGAGCGGAUCGAAUUCUACGAGUACGAGCGAGGCGCUCACGACAACAAGCUCGCAAAGGAAAACCGUAACGAUCGUCGCCGCACUGGUAGCGAUUGCUGCGCUCGCCCUCUGA